GGCCCGGGCGGCGGCGGCGCCAUGCGGCUCCUGUUCCUGGCGGUGCUUCGGCCGCACACCGGCAACGCCGUCACGGCCCAGCGUGUCCGGGACCACCUAGAGGCUGCGGGACACGUGUGCAUUCUGAGAGAUGCCUUUGACUUUGAGAGCCCUUCCGACAUCGCCGACCUCAUCACGGCCGAGAACUUGGACGCAGCGCUGGCUCUCCAUCUCUACAGGGGAGGAAGGCUUCUGCAAGGUCAUCACAUUCCCUUUGGGAUCAUCUUCGGAGGGACUGAUUUAAAUGAAGAUGCCAACCAUGAAUUAAAAAAUGAAGUAAUGGGGAAAGUUCUUGAGGAAGCCAGGUUUGCCGUGGCUUUCACCCAGUCCAUGAAGGAGAAGGCGCAGGCCCAGUGGCCUCAUGCAACCGGGAAAAUCUAUGUCCAGAGCCAAGGAAUUGCAGCCACACCCAACCCUGCCUUCAACUGGAAGGAGUUUCUCCAGCGUUCAGAGAUCAACCAAAGCGCUGACAAGCUGCGGGUUUUCCUCCUGAUCUGCGGACUUCGGCAAGUGAAAGACCCUCUGUUCUUGGUGGACGCAUUUUCUGAAUGGCAUGAGGAGGAGCCCGGUGUUUACCUGGUGAUUGUUGGCCCUGAGGUGGAUCCAGAGUUCACAAGAGAAGUAAAAGCCCGGGUGAAGAGGACCUCCGGGGUGCGGCUGGUCGGCGAGAUGUCGCAGGGGGACCUGCACGCGGCCAUGAAGAACUGCUUCGCGCUGGUGAACAGCUCCCUCUCCGAGGGCAUGUCGGCCGCCAUCCUGGAGGCGAUGGAUCUGGAAGUCCCUGUGCUGGCCCGGAACAUCCCUGGGAACGCAGCUGUGGUGGAGCAUGAGGUGACUGGGCUGCUCUUCUCUGACCCCCAGGAGUUCAUUCACUUGGCAAAGAGACUGCUUCACGAGCCUGAGCUGGAGCAGGCGCUCGCCGCCCGCGGGAAGGAGUACGUGAGGAGGCACCAUGCGUGGCAGGUGGAGAGAGACACCUACCAGAGCCUCGUCAGGAAGCUGGCGGGCAGCGCGGAGGACUGAGGGCGAGCGGCGGGUCCGGUCCCAGCCAGCGCCCGGCGGCGCCCGGCCACCCCACGCUCCCCGCGCUGCAGACCGUGCCCAGCUGGGGGCCGGUGAUGGGUGAUGAGCGAGUCGGAGGAUCGUCUUUGCAACUCUCUCGCUUUGCAAGCCCUUGAGCGACCCGGACCCACCACUGCCAGUUCACAAAGCAGAAAAACAAUCGGAAUAGUGAGCUGAGGGUGCAGACAGCCUUUCUGGCCUGGUCCUGGGCCCCUGACCUCCAGCCCAGCCCCGCCAGGGCGCUGAGGGCCUGGAGUGCCUGGGCUGCCGCCACCCGCUCUAAGUUCCCGAGGAGCCGUGGGACUCCGCGUUCACUCUGCCGUGCCCGGCAAGGCUGCCCGAGGCCCCGCCCACCUCUCCCACCCAUCUCCCAUGGCCUGAGACUUUGCUGCCCCUGCCUCCCAGGUGCUCCUGGACCCCCAGGAGCAAGGACCUGCGAACAGUCACCAGCUUCCAGCCUGUAGCAGGCCUUAGCUGUGAGGCAUGGCCAAAGACACAGUGGCAUUGUCACAGUGGCCGUCACCACACUGGAACCGCCCUCCCUAGAGGCCACCGCCACCCCCGUGGCGGCCGCGUUGACCCCGCGCAGAGCCCCGCUGAGUCCCGACGCCAUCUCUUUCCAGCAUAGGUGCGGUCCGUC